UUGCGUCUCGUUUGAAUUUUUCUGGAUUAACUAAUACCUCCAUUUUUUUGGUUCCCCUGUCUAUAAAUUUGAGUUUACUGACAAGUCCACGUAAGUCUCUUCAACCCCUUUCAUUCUCUCGCUUCAGUUAUUGAACUAUGUUAACUGCUUUUCUGCGAGCCUUUUAAUAGGGCCAUAUCCAUCUGGAUUAGCAUACUCUGUAUCUGGGUAUAGAACAGAGUCAGCCAAACUCAUCAGAAUCAUAGAACCCAUCAAGUUUUUUGAAGUUACCAAGGAAUUCAGGGAUGGAUUAUCUGUACACAAUAAAAGAGGAGUACUUGGAACCAUCUUCAUCUGAAUUAGGAGAUGAGCUAGCAAUGGUUCUACCUCCACAGCCAAUGCGGGGACUUCAUGAAACAGGACCACCUCCAUUCCUCACCAAGACGUUUGAAAUGGUGGACGACCCUUCAACCGAUCACAUGGUCUCGUGGAGCAGAGGAGGAACAAGUUUUGUUGUUUGGGAUCCAUGCUCUUUCUCUACCAAUCUCCUUCCUAGAUACUUCAAGCACAAUAAUUUCUCAAGCUUUGUCAGGCAAUUGAACACUUACGGUUUUAGAAAAAUUGAUCCAGAAAGAUGGGAGUUUUCAAACGAAGACUUCAUCAGAGGGCACAAGCAUCUACUUAGGAACAUACGAAGAAGGAGAGCACCUUCUCAGGUUACUUCAUCCUCCCAAGAACCAGGUCAUUGCGUUGAAGUUGGUAGGUUUGGAGUAGAUGAAGAAGUUCUGCGUUUAAGGCGUGACAAGCAAGUGUUAAUGAUGGAGCUUGGGAAGCUUAGGCGGCAGCAGCAGAAAACCGGAGCCUACCUUCAGGCAAUGGAGCAGAGGUUACGAGGCAUAGAAAUGAAGCAGCAACAAAUGAUGGUCUUCUUAGCUAGAGCAUUGAAAAAUCCAACUUUUCUCCACCAACUACUUCAGCAGAGUAAUAGAAAGGAGCUGGAAGAAGCCAUGACUAAGAAAAGAAGAUCAGUUGAGCAAGCACCAAUUUAUAUUGCUGAAUCAAGCAGUGAAAGUGAGGGAAGGAAACCUGUUAAAGUUGAAGUGUCCGAGCUUGAGGUUCUAGCUAUGGAAAUGCAAGGUCUUGGUAGGGGUAAGAAAGAACCGGAAGCACUUGGAUCGCCAGAGAGGCUGGACAACGAACUUGAUGAAGGAUUCUGGGAAGAGUUUUUCAGUGAAAAUGUUGAGGGUGAACUAUACAUUCCAAGCGAUGAAGGUGAAGAUGAAGAUGUAGAUAUCGACGUCUUGGUCAAGCGCUUAGGCUACAUGGGUUCAGGUCCUAAGUGAACGUCAAGACUUCUGAGACUGAAACUAUGGAGCACUGUGCCUGUGGAAAUCUUUUAGUUUUGGGGUAGCUUGAAGCCGCUGCUUCGACAAAAACCUGCGGUAGCGUUAGCGGUCAUUAUUUGGUCUUAAGAUUAUCAGAAGCCGGGGAACGGACAAGAAAUGGCUGAAGCAACUGCAGGAACCAUAAGUUACUGAGUAUUGCUUUUGAAGCAGAGACUGAAUCGUGGUUUGCUUUUGCUGUUUGAUUCCCCCCCCCCUCCUCCCCUUGCUUUUUAUGUUCGUCUUUGCUGGUAGUCAUUGGUCAGAAAUAAAUGAAUCCCACAGUGGACAAAAUCCUAUGUUACAUCAGUAUCAUGUAGGCAUCUCCAUGUUCUCAUGUCAUGAACUAUUAUUCCAUUCAUUAA